UGUACUGUUACUUCGGCAGACAUCCCUACGCCAAAGUUGGUAGUUGCGCUGCGGCCAGCCAGGUAGCCUUCACCGCUUGAUUGCUGCGGCUUUUUCAGUCACUGACGGGUGUAAUUUUAAGACGUGGAAUAUUCUACUUGUUCAAUAGCACCUUUUUACCUAUAGCCUAUAAAUUAUUUGAUUUAGUUCAGUUAUCUUAUUCUGUCCUGGUAGGACGCAUGUGCUAACUCUUCACAGGGCAAGGCUAUUAGGGAUAGAGCAAGUAAGGCCAUUAUUUGCAUCAGGAGUUAGCUUUCAAGCUAAAUUAAGAAGUCUGUUUUCAUGCCGGAUUUCGAACAUUUCAGAUUUUCAUACGCAAGCAUGAAUCCGUUAUUGGGGGAGAACGCGUACCUGGUUCAGCAACAGCAGCAUAACCAGAUGGGCAGCAAUUCGGAUUCUUCCAUGACAGGCCUAGACGCAUACGGUGCACCUGACUCAGGCUUCAUCUUGGGUGAGCACACUGGCUUUGGACAAGAUGGGCUGUCUGGCCUGGAAUUUAGUGCGCUGCCACCUUCGGGACUCGGGUAUCUGCACCUGAACAACAUGCACCGUGCGCCGCCGCCCCCCGCAGCGAUGGCCCUGCGUAAUGACUUGGGCUCCAACAUCAGUGUUCUCAAGACCUUGAAUUUGCGCUUCCGCUGCUUUUUGGCUAAAGUUCAUGAGCUGGAGCGUCGGAAUAAAGCUUUGGAGAAGCAGCUUCAGCAGGCUUUGGAAAAUAAUGAGGACAAUUCAGGAGAAGGACACAGGAAAAAGCCAUUGACUAAGGAAAUGGGAGUCCAGACUGGUUUCGUAGGGUCCAUCGCAGUUAGGCCCGGACAUAUCCCCCUCCAGAACGUCAAUAAUUCGGCAUACCUGCCCGGAGGCCUUCUCUCUCCAUCACUCAACAGGCCUACAACUCCCGUCUUUGAGUCCAACAGCAAAUCAGUAUUUAGGAACUCGACUCUGACUGACUCGAAUUGCAACCUCAAUUCCAACCAACUCACUCCACAUAUUUCCAUCAGUCCUUUAUUAACCCCUACCGAUCCUUGCGAGACGAUAUCCAACAUUAACGAGAAAUAUUUCCGUUUUGGGACUGGUAUGUCUACUAACCCGCCUCCCCGGUUCCUUCCCGGCGCCGUUUGGUCCUACAACCACGACCGCAGAUUUGGCGCGGGGAGGGAUUCGCGCAUAACAGGCACGGGUGUGCCUUGUGCCCAAACCGACGGAGUAGGUGUACAAAUCGACACCAUCACCCCUGAGAUACGGGCCCUGUACAACGUGUUGGGCAAGGUGAAACGAGAGAGGGAUGAGUAUAAACGCAGAUGGGAAGAAGAAUAUACAUUCAGAGUGGACCUCCAGGAGAAAGUGGCUGAGCUGGAGGAGGAUCUCCAGGAGAGUGAGGUGUGUCAGGAUGAGCUGGCUCUCAGGGUGAAACAGCUGAAAGCUGAGCUGGUCCUCUUUAAAGGCCUAAUGAGCAACAACCUGUCAGAUCUGGACAGUAAGAUCCAGGAGAAGGCCAUGAAGGUGGACAUGGACAUCUGUAGACGCAUCGACAUCACGGCUCGCCUGUGUGAUGUGGCCCAGCAGAGGAACUGUGAAGACAUGAUCCAGAUCUUCCAGAUGGCCACACCUCCUUCCACUCUGACUCGCCGGCCCCGAAAGCAGGCGGCCCAGUCGGUUAAAGGCGGUGAUGGGGAUGAACCAACCAGCAUCUCUGAGAGCGAGAGGGGCAAUGAUGAGGAGUCAUGUAGCACGUCAGCCAAUCAGAUCAACGAGGAGAUGCAGAGGAUGCUGAACCAGCUGAGGGAGUGUGAGUUUGAGGACGACUGUGACAGCCUGGCCUGGGAGGAGACUGAGGAGACUCUGCUGCUGUGGGAGGAUUUUCCAGGAUACACUCUGGGAGCAGUGGAGACCCAGGGAGAGCAGCAGGAGGAGUCCAUAGAGAAGGUGAUAAAGGACACAGAGUCCCUCUUCCAGACUAGAGAGAAGGAGUAUCAGGAGACAAUCGACCAGAUCGAGUUGGAGCUGGCCACGGCUAAGAGUGACAUGAACCGACACCUGCACGAGUACAUGGAGAUGUGUUCCAUGAAGCGAGGCCUGGACGUGCAGAUGGAGACGUGCAGGAGACUCAUCACCCAGAGUGGGGACAGGAAAUCUCCCCCUCUCAUUACUGCGGCAAUGGAAGACUCUGAUGAUGGAGAGAAGGAGUGGAAAAAGGCGUCCCCACCCACAGACUCUGAAAGUGAUGAACCCUACUGUGAAACACAGGUUAAUAGUGGUACGGUCCCUCACUUACCAUGGAGGAAGUCCUAAUCCUUCCUGAUGAUGCCCUGUAGAUGUACCAUAGUCGGGAUAGUGCUGCUGUUUACAUUUUUUGCCAUCAAUUAUGUAAAACUAGCAGACUCUUUCCAUGGCCAUAUGUCAUCACUGCCCUCUUGUGGUUCAGGUUAUUAAAACACCUAAUCUGAGGAUAGGACUAAAUGGCACUUAAAAACAUGUCAAUGAAUUUCUUAACAUUGUGCUAUUUAUAUCUCUUCUUAUAUGAUAUGAACGAUCAAAAUAUAUACAUUUUUGUUAAGUUUGCACAUUGACCUUGCUGUUUGUAGCAAGGUCCAACCAAAAACUAUUUGCACACAGUUUUUGUGGAAUAAAUGCCUUAUGUUACAUUGCAGUUACAGAUUUGAAACCACAGCUGCAUUUUUGAAGGCAAACAAAAAAAAUAGCUAACUAUUUGCACAGGUCAUUAUCUAGUAGUCUGUUGCAGUCAAACAAAAUGAGCAUUUGCAAUGUGCUAAAGGGAAAGGACCUAGCUGUUGAUAGUCAUCUAUGGAAAUGUAUUUUCUUUAUAGUUAAUGUCCUCCUCAUGAUCUAUUUUCCCUUUUUAAAAGAAUGGAUACCACUUCUAGGAAACCUGUAGAAAGAUUGCUUGAAAAGGCUUUACAUCAAAUCAAAUCAAAUCAAAUGUAUUUAUAUAGCCCUUCGUACAUCAGCUGAUAUCUCAAAGUGCUGUACAGAAACCCAGCCUAAAACCCCAAACAGCAAGCAAUGCAGGUGGAGAAGCACGGUGGCUAGGAAAAACUCCCUAGAAAGGCCAAUACCUAGGAAGAAACCUAGAGAGGAACCAGGCUAUGUGGGGUGGCCAGUCCUCUUCUGGCUGUGCCGGGUGGAGAUUAUAACAGAACAUGGUCAAGAUGUUCAAUGUUCAUAAAUGACCAGCAUGGUCGAAUAAUAAUAAGGCAGAACAGUUGAAACUAGAGCAGCAGCACAGUCAGGUGGAAGUUGAAACUGGAGCAGCAGCAUGGCCAGGUAGACUGGGGACAGCAAGGAGUCAUCAUGUCAGGUAGUCCUGGGGCAUGGUCCUAGGGCUCAGGUCAGUUGAAACUGGAACAGCAGCAUGGCCAGGUGGACUGGGGACAGCAAGGAGUCAUCAUGUCAGGUAGUCCUGGGGCAUGGUCCUAGGGCUCAGGUCCUCCGAGAGAGAGAAAGAAAGAGAGAAGGAGAGAAUUAGAGAACGCACACUUAGAUUCACACAGGACACCGAAUAGGACAGGAGAAGUACUCCAGAUAUAACAAACUGACCCCAGCCCCCCGACACAUAAACUACUGCAGCAUAAAUACUGGAGGCUGAGACAGGAGGGGUCAGGAGACAUCCUUCAACAUUCGUAUAUACACAACAUGUUAUUAACAGAAGUUCACAUUUGUAUUUAUGUAGGAUUUAUUAUCAUUUACUGUAUUUGAUUACAUAUUCAUACAUACUUGAUUCAUUUAUUUCAGCACUUUUUCAGUCAUCGUUGAAAUUCAGAUCGCUAUGUCUUUUUUAAAUAUUCAAAUAACUAUAAAGAAAGUAUGAUAGUUGAUAGAUUGUUUUUAAUAUGAAAUGCAGAGGAUAAUAUUAUGUAGUUUUGCAAAGAUAAUUCACAAAAGCCAUUGCUAUAAAGUUUCGAGUCAAAAGUAAAACAUUGGUACCGUUAGCUUUGCACUGUCAUGCACAUUGCUGGGAUUCCAAGCUAUAAGCAAACAUAGAAGCAUUCUGCAUUAGACCCAUGGAUAGUGUUGAUAUCACAACCCACAUAAAUAAAUCCUACAAAAGCACACACUCAAUGCUAGCGUAUCAAUCCCCAGCCAGCAGUGACUUUAUCUUGAACUCAAAAAAGCUCUCUGAUCAAUCAACGGGGGGGAAAUCAGACUGCUAUUUUGGUGCACUUUUAAAAUGGACAGCCAAGAGGUAUGAGUUUAAAGGCCGUGGACAAAGGGAGAAGUAGGCUAGAGUAGAUGUUGAUCCUGUUCAGGACAAUCUAACAUACUGCUAGCAAGCGAAUAACUUCUUUGGGAGUUCGUUCAAGGGCACUCAAACUGUGACAUGUUUUAUGUAGUAGCACAUGAGACCUUCAUUAUCUGAACACGGGCAGUGUGUUUAACCAUCUGCUUUGUGAGAUCUGUGGUUUUGUCUCUGGAUGUGACACAGUUUCAUUGCACUUGAACAUGCUCAGUGUUUACAGUUGGAGAAAACGUAAAACAGCAAACAUAUCUUAGGUCUCGAUUCAAAUCAGUAGUGCGGAAGAUCAGCGUUACAGCGCGAUUGACAUUUAAAAGCAAUGUCUCCGCGUUCGGCUCAAUCAGAAACGACCUUUACAUUUCAAUCACACUACAACACAGGUUGUCCGCGCUCCGGAUUGAAUCGAGCCCUCCUUUGUUUAUUGAUGUCUGAAAGCCUAUUGUAAAUACCCCCCCCCCCCCCCCCCUAUAUUGUACAGUUUGUAAAUCUCCAUAUAUAGGUUGCACAAAUGGAUCUAUAUUCAACAGUAAUGAUAAACACUGUAUAAAAACUGCAAACAUAUAACACCAGUACUAGCUGUUUCUGAAUGUACAUAACAUGUCAAUGUGCACUGAGAAGACAAAUCCAUGUAAGAGAAGCCAGGAAUGCAUGGAAGAGAUUUCAGAAAGCGAUAUCGGACCGUAUGAGUGAAAAAGGUGGCCAUUGUAUAGGUGAGUGUCUUUGCGCGUUCUGAGACUAGCUUCGUUGGUGUGCAUGUACCUCUGUCUAGUGCUGUCUGUCUUGUAAUCGCAAGAAUGUUUCAGAGUUUACUUGUUCGCCUCUCUGGGGAAUCAAAACAUAUCUUUCAUAUUAUAAAACUUGAAUGUCUGCCUAGUAAUUCUCUCAUCUUUACCGCAAAAGAGUAAACACGGAAGAAAAACAACAACAGCAAAAGCCGUCUUAAAACUUGCAUCGCCAUAGCCAUCAAUAGACUGCCAUACCUCGUCAUGCAACUGUGUACAGAAGCUCGGCAAGUAAACUUUUGAAAACAUCAAUGUUGAAAUAUGAAUAUUAGCAACAGCUGUGUGAGAAUGACGAUUAAUAUGUGGUGAAAGAGUUGAACAUUACAUUUCCAGUCUCAAAUUAUAUACACGGAGUAUACCAAACAUUAGGAACAACUUCCUAAUAUUGAAACAGCCCCAAUUCAUCUGGGAAUGGACUCUACAAGGUGUCGAAGGUGUUCCACAGGGAUUCUGGCCCAUUUUGACUCCAAUGCUUCCGACAGUUGUGUCAGGUUGGCUGGAUGUCCUUUGGGUGGUGGACCAUUCUUGACGGGAAACUGUUGAGCGUGAAAAACCCAGCAGCGUUGCCGUUCUUGACACCAACCGGUGUGCCUGGCACCGACUACCAUACCCCGUUCAAAGGCACUUAAAUAUUUUGUCUUGCCAAUUCACCCUCUGAAUGGCACACAUACACAAUCCUUGUCUCAAUUGUCUCAAGGCUUAAAAAUCAUUCCUUAACUUGUCACCUCCCCUUCAUCUACACUGAUUUGAAGUGGAUUUAACAAGUGACAUCAAUAAGGGAUCAUAGCGUUCACGCAGGGGUGGGCAACUCCAGUCCUCGGGGGCCUGAUAUGUGUCACACUUUUUCUCCAUCCCUAGCAAACACAUCUGAUUAAUCCAAUUGUAUUCUAAACUGAAGAUCAUGAUUAGGUAAUUAUGGGAGUCAGGUGUUUUAGACGGGGCAGGGGCAAAACUGUGACACCAAAUCAGGCCCCCGAGGACUGGAAUUGCCCACCCCUGACUGGUCAGCCUAUGUAAUGGAAAGAGCAGGUGUUCUUCAUGUUUUGUACACUCAGUGUAUAUCGGUCAACAUGAUUGAAAUGCAGGUGACUUACAAAUAUGAAUGUGUCAAACAGCAGCAUUGUAUGGAGAUGUCAUAAUGAUUAAGUGGUUGCAAAAAGAAGACUUGUACUCCGUUGAGACCAAUAUAAUUGAUCUGGGACUGUGUAUACAAUGUAUCUGUGUAACAUCACAACCUCCAGGUUUCUGGAAACAAUAGGUAAACAAUCAAUGUAUUAAUGGAAGUGGUGUACAAAAUAAAAUAUGUUGAAGGAGA